AUGUCACAUUCUGAAGAGGAUGACUGUUAUAUAGAGGAGGAGGAAAAUAAAUACGAUAAUGAUAAAACUACUGAUGGUAAGGUGGAAGCUGCUGUUCUGAGUGCAAAUAAUUUUUUGAAUCAGCAAUUUGUAAAUUAUGAAGAAGCUUACGAAUGUUAUGUAAGGUAUGCCAAGUGUGUGGGGUUUGGAGUUCGAAAGAGGGAUGCAGCUGCUGAUAGUACUGGCAAUUAUGUUCGACAUAAAUUCGUGUGCAACAGAGCAGGUGUGAGAGAGAAGAAAUGCUAUGCAACUACUAGUAAGAUAAGAAAGCAGAAGCCUGAGACCAGAACAAAUUGUAAUGCAAUGUUGUCAAUUUAUCUUGACAAGAGUUGUUCAAUGUGGAAAGUUAGAAAGAUUGUGGAGGAUCAUAACCAUCCUUUGAUACCGUUUAAAUUAGUUCACCAAAUUCCAAAUCAUCGUACAAUAUCAGAUGCAGACAAGGCACAAGUGGAUAGCAUGCAUAGACAUGGCCUCCCACCUUCGAAGAUCAUGGGUCUUAAUGAUGGACAAGCCGGUGGUUAUGAAUUUGCUGGUUUUACAAAAAAAGAUUUGGAUAACUAUAUUGAAAGAAAUCUACGUUCAAAGAUCAUUGAAGGAGAUGUAAAUGCAACUCUUACUUAUUUGCAUGGAAAAGCAGAGGAUGAACCUAUGAUGAUUGUGAGACAUAGUUUAACAGAUGACGAUAAAUUGGAACAUUGA